CCUCUCACCAGAGUACAACUACUUGCAUUGCGUUGUACACAGCACAUCAUUUUAUACACAGCACAACAUUUUGUACGAACCACAGGAAGGUCAGUUUAUCCUGGUGACUUACACAGUUGUUUAACUUGAUGUUCUCAGUUUGUGUGGAUUCCAUGCUUCAUGACUGACUGGUGAAUGGUUUUAGAUGUUUUCACAGGCCAACAUUUACGUUGUGACUCAAUAUGGAUAACGCGUUGAUUCUGGGAUUCGCCAUGCUUCUGUCCUCCUCUUCAACUGCCAUGCCUGCUGCCGUGAAUGGUCCACCAAUAGCUAUUACAACCCGCUUCGUCCCUCCAAUCGCCAACGAGGGCGAAAAGCUCACCUUCUCCAGUACCUUCGACAUCACCAAGGGUACAGAAAGAUGCAAACCUAAAGGCCUACAGUUCGUUCAGAGGGACAUAUUAGAGUUCGACGAACCCGACGUAGUCAUGGCCGAGUUUGAUAAAGUGAUCGUGGACGAUUACCGCUUACAUGUCGCUCUAGACACCAGCAAAGAUACCUGGGUCUAUAACCUGACCAUUGAUUGCGUAACUCGGCUUAACACAACUUUUGCCGUAGCUAUUGCUGGUAUGUGGGACUGUCCGGGAUUGCAGCAGAAAUCGUGUAUAGGGUUACCGAUCAAAGUCAAGUUCUCUUCCACUGAUCCCUUUCCGAUCUGCCCCAGUAACCAGACCCCGGGCAACAGCGUCUUCUCCAAGAGCUUCAAGCUGAAAUCACGGCCUUCACAUCCCUUUUCAGAAUUGGUCAAAGGAUUUCAAUCUUACAGCCGCAGUAAUGGAGUUGGUGAGGUGGAGAACCUUUACAGCAAAUAA